ACAGCUGGGUAAAUUUACCGACAUACAGGAAGAAAAAAAAAGAAAAGAAGAAGCCCAGUCGUCUGCUCUACAAGCUCGCGAGCUCCCACGGUGACAUACACGACCAAAUCACUGCUCGACCACUUUAGCAGGUAUGGCUGACUUGGCGGGUCUGGUGCAGCGGCUGGAGGUGGCGGUGGGUCGCCUGGAGUCCAUGUCAGGACCUGGAGACAGCGGUGGAGAUGCUGCUGGGGGAGCUGUAUCGGUGUUCGUGGAGGCCUUUGACGAGAUUGUCAACGGCCCUGUGGCUCAGUACGUCUCCCUCAGCCAGAAGAUUGGGAACGAUGUCAAGACGCAUGCAGACAUGAUGAAGCAGGCAUUCUCCAGUCAGAGACAACUCCUCGUAACCGCCUCGGCCUCCCAGAAGCCCUCUGAUGCCGCCUUGACUGCUCUCCUGCAGCCGGUGUCCAAAGCCAUCCAGCAGGUGCAGGCGUUCCGCGAGCAGCACCGCACCUCACCACAGUUCAACCACCUGUCGGCUGUGUCCGAGAGCGUGCCCGCCCUCGGAUGGGUCGCCAUGGCUCCUAAACCAUGCCCCUACGUUAAAGAGAUGCAGGAUGCUGCCAUGUUCUACACCAACCGUGUGCUCAAGGAAUACAAGGAAAAGGAUAAGACCCAUUCGGACUGGGUGAAGGCCUACGUCUCCAUCUGGACUGAGCUGCAAAACUACAUCAAAAAGCACCACACCACCGGGCUGACCUGGAGCAAGAGCGGUCCCGUAGCUUCAGCCUCUGCAGCUCCCCCCCCGGCUCCUGGUGGAUGUCCUCCCCCACCUCCCCCUGGACCUCCUCCUCCCCCCAUGGACUUGAGCGGAUCGUCUGGCGGCGGUGGCGGCGAUGACAACCGUAACGCUUUGUUCGCCGCCAUCAACAAGGGAGCGAACAUCACCAGUGGCCUGAAGCAUGUAAACGACAACGAGAAGACCCACAAGAAUCCCACACUGAGGAGUACGACCACUCCAGUACGUACCGGACCAAAACCUUUCGCCUCCCCCACUCCCCGACCUGCUGCUUCGGCCGCCACGAAACUGCCCCCCGUGUUUGAACUGGAAGGGAAGAAAUGGAAAGUGGAGAACCAAGAAGAAGCUCAGAACCUGGUGAUCGAAAAGACUGAGCUGAGACAAGUGGUUUAUGUUUACAAGUGUAACAAGAGCACCCUGCAUGUCAAGAACAAAAUCAACUCCAUCAUUAUUGAUAACUGUAAGAAAGUGGGCCUGGUGUUUGAUGAUGUCGUCGGCAUCGUCGAGAUCAUCAACUGCAAAGAUGUCAAAAUCCAGGUCCUGGGUAAGGUCCCCACGAUCUCCAUCAACAAGACCGACGGCUGCCACGUCUACCUGAGCAAAGACUCCCUGAGCUGCGAGAUCGUCAGCGCCAAGAGCUCAGAGAUGAACAUCCUGGUGCCCGACCAAGACGGAGAGUUUACGGAGUUCCCUGUUCCUGAGCAGUUCAAGACCAUCUGGGACGGCAAGAAGCUCGUUACCACGUCAACUGAGGUGGCUGGAUAGACGCUGGCAGCAUAUGAAAUGGCUACCCCCGUCCUCGAAACCAUCCCCACACCCUUAUUUUGCACCCCCCACCCAGCUCACUUUCACACUGUAGCCUUGAGAUUUGAUCCCCAUGCGUUAUACUUGCCUCCCUUCUUAUCAGCCAAUCACAGCUUAAGCUGUCCCCUUCCAUCAGCCAAUGAGAGGACUGCUCACUUUUAUCUGGAGCUAAAUCCUCCAGCCAAUUAGCAGGGAGCGGCUUGGCAUUCAAAUUGUUUUUAUUCUUCCUGUGAGCCAGAGAGCACUUUUAAAAGAAAAACAUUUGAGUUUUGCCAAUAGCUGGCAUGCUCUGUACUCUGGAUAAUGCUAAGCUAAAUUUAACAUGUAGAAUAGCCAACAGGAGAACAGACCAUAUUGAUUCCUCUGCAAGCCAAUCAGGCUCUACUAUCUGGAUGCUUCGGGCUAUCGUUUCUCCUCUUCCUGGUCAGGGGGUGCUGGUAGGUUUCUGUUCCACUAUAUGCAAUCCACUGGUCAAACAAAGAGGAUAAUGGCACCCAUAUCACCUCCACUGAUGUUGACUAUAAUAAUAACAUUCAUAGUGGAUAAUAUGAAAAUAAAUUAAUGAAUAAAAGUCAGCACUGAGCACACAAAUAGGAGUAAAAACAAGCUGUGUGCACAUCAUGAAACUCCAUCUAGAUGACGUUGGAACAGUUAGAAUAGGAAGCUGAUCAUUCCAUGUGCUUUCCCUUUAACCUGCACAUAGGACAUUCCCAAGUAUUAAAAAAAACAUUCCAUAUAAAGGAGGCAUGUAAGAAAAUGUUUGAUAAAGAGCAAAGAGCUGUGGGCAAGAGAGAGAGGGAUUGAAGGCCAGACUCACGGUUAAAAGCUUCACCUCGGUCUCUAGAUUGGAAAGAUCUGCUCUAAUCAUCUCUAGAUAUUACAAAUUACUGAAUAGUCUUAAAAUAUUAGCCGUCAACGUCUCUCCACUCGCUCAAGCUCACGGCGCCACUCUGGUUAUCUUCAGCACUUGAAGUUCUUGGCUGAAUUUUCUUUUGUCUUUUUUCUUACCUCUUACAUUUCUUUGGGUCCAAAAAUCAGAAUUAUGCUCAUUAGUACUGGAGACAUCAUUAAAUAAUGUUGCAAUAAAAAGAGUUUGUCUUUAUUGGAUUAAAAUGUAAUAUGUA